UCUCUCUUUUUUCUCUGCUCUCCUUUCUCAAAAAAGCCAUGACGGCGAUCCCGCGAUCCAUCCUCGCCUCCGCGCUAUCUUUCUAUUAUUUCUAAUUUAUUUUAUUAUUAUUUUGGGGUUUUUUUUUUUACUCCGUCUCCUCCACCUCCUCUGGUAGAUGUCCAAGGCGUUGGAUGAAGAUCUUUUCUCUCUUUUUUCCCCUCCUCCUCUCCUCUGUCACCCCGGUAUCUCCCCGAUGUGAUCCGCGCUGAACGCAGCCGCUGAACAGCCACCAUGUCUCGCCGCAAGCAAGGCAAACCGCAGCACCUGAGCAAACGGGAUUUCUCGCCAGCCGAGCCCCUCUCCACGGCCGUCGUCUCGUCGGAGGAGCUGUCGGAGCGCUGCUCGGAGCACUCGGAGGACAGCGGCAGCCUCAACGGCCACCAUCCGGUCCCCACUGCGGGCCGGUUGGCCCGGCUGGGUCCGGACUCUCACCCCUCGCCGGAGCAGGACCUCCUGACCUGCGGUCAGUGCCAGGCCACCUUCCCCCUGGCAGACAUCUUGCUCUUCAUCGAGCACAAGAGGAAGCGAUGCCACGGGCCACCCUGCCUCGCCAUAGGCAGGGGGCUGGACAAGCCCCCUUCGCCCUCCCCUGGUUUGGCCCUCACCCCUUCACCCGCUCUGAACUCUCUGCGUGGCCGGAGGCCGGUUGAAGUCGGGGUUCAGGCCACGCUAGCAGACGAAGACGAUGAGAGGUUCUCGUCGCCUCGGGGGAUUUGCCCAAAGCAGGAGCCCCUCCCAGGUAAACAGAGCAACAUGCAUCACCUCCAGCUCUACAUGAACACAGGCGCGGCAGGCUGCAGAAAAACAGGUAAGGAGGAGCCAACCACGUACACCUGCACAACGUGUAAGCAGUCAUACGGCAGCGCCUGGUUCUUGCUGCAGCAUGCUCAGAACUCCCAUGGCUUUCGAAUUUACCUGGAAAGUGAACAUGGCAGUCCUCUCACCCCACGCAUGGGCGGGCCUUCUUCCCUUGGUGGUGGUGCUGACUGCCCCUCUCAGCCUCCCCUUCAUGGCCUCCAUUUGCCACCUGAUGCAAGCCCUUUCAACCUCCUCCGCAUCCCUGGCUCGGGCUCAGGGGGAAGGGACAGCAUUGGAGCAGGAGGUGCCGUUGGCUCUGGUGUUCCUGGGGGCCAUCAUCAGCGUUUCCCCCCAACACCUCCUCUCUUCAGCCCCCCUCCGCGAAACCAUCUGGAUCCCCACCACCUGAGCCCAGAGGAGCUGGCGCUGGCAGCCCACCACCCGAGUGCCUUUGACAGGGUGCUGCGCCUUAAUCCUCCUCUGCCUCUAGACCCACCUCCGACAAUGGACUUCUCAAGGCGUCUACGGGAACUGGCGGGCAACACCUCAGGGUCUACUCCCCCGCUAUCACCCAGCCGGCCAAGCCCCAUGCAGCGCUUACUGCAGCCAUUCCAGACAGGAGGAACAGCAGGUGCAGGCGGUGCAGGGGGCAGCAAACCUCCAUAUCUUGCUACUCCACCACCACUACAAGGCUCGAUGCAGUCGCCUGUGGGCUCACAAACCACUCCUCCAACCCCUCUCCCUACAGCAGGACCACCCUCUUCUUCCAACACCCAGUUGAAAUCAAAGUGUUGUGAGUUUUGUGGCAAAGCCUUUAAGUUCCAGAGUAAUUUAAUAGUGCAUCGGCGCAGCCACACAGGAGAGAAGCCGUACAAAUGUCAUUUGUGUGAUCACGCAUGCACACAAGCAAGCAAACUGAAACGACAUAUGAAGACGCACAUGCACAAAUCAUCGUCGCCAAACACGGGCAAGUCAGAAGACGGUCUAUCAAUAGCCUCGUCCCCAGAGCCCGGCACUAGUGAGCAUAUAGGUAGUGCAAGCAAUGCACUUAAAUCAGUGGUGGCCAAGCUGAAAAGUGAAAAUAAUCGUAUGUUACGAGAAAAUGGGGAGGAGGAAGAAGAGGAAGAAGAGGAGGAAGAAGAAGAAGAGGAGGAGGAGGAAGAGGAAGAGGAGGAGGAAGAAGAGGGGGAAGAGGAGGAAGUACAGAAUGGGGAGAGGCCACCCAAGCGAAACAACAGCUAUCACUUCGGACUGAGCCUGGAAGCAGCACGGCAGCAUGAAAACAGCAGCGGGAUUGGAAGUCGACUGGGCGGAGUGGCUGAUGAGACAUCUAUCCCUCGCUCACUGCCAGAGGUCAUGCAGGGUAUGGGUCUGGCCGCCAGCAUGCAGCACUUCAGUGAAGCCCUCAACGCACACAAACGCAACGCCAUGGCCCAGGAGAACCACCUGCACCACCAUCUCAGCAGAGACCAUCACCACAGUCGGAACAUGUGCGAUGGAGACUCUGUCUUGGAAACAGAACGUGUAGAGGAAGGCACUGUUUCUGCAGUAAAUGGACGAGGAGCGUCUCCUAAUGAAUCUUCUUCAAUUGGCCUCUCAAAGAAACUGCUUCUGGGUAGCCCCAGUCCACUUAGUCCCUUCUCAAAACGUAUUAAACUGGAGAAAGAAUUUGACCUGCCUACCCCCACAAUCCCUAACACAGAAAAUGUCUACUCCCAAUGGUUGGCUGGCUACGCUGCCUCUCGACAACUCAAGGACCCUUUUCUCAACUUUGGGGAUUCCAGACAAUCGCCUUUUGCAUCAUCAUCUGAGCACUCGUCAGAGAAUGGCAGCCUGCGUUUCUCAACCCCUCCAGGAGAACUGGAUGGGGGAAUGUCAGGUCGCAGUGGGACAGGCAGCGGGGGCAGCACGCCCCACCUUGGGGGUCCUGGGAGACCCAGUUCCAAGGAUGGACGCAGGAGUGACACUUGUGAGUACUGUGGCAAGGUUUUCAAGAACUGCAGUAACCUGACAGUACACCGGCGCAGUCACACAGGAGAGAGACCCUACAAGUGUGAGCUGUGCAAUUACGCGUGUGCCCAGAGCUCCAAACUUACUCGCCACAUGAAGACCCAUGGUCAGGUGGGCAAAGAUGUGUACAAGUGUGAAAUUUGUCAAAUGCCCUUCAGUGUUUACAGCACCUUGGAGAAACACAUGAAAAAAUGGCACAGUGACCGUCCUUUGAGUACCGAAAUAAAGUCAGAGUAGAAGGCAGAACAAUGAGACCUUUUCCUUUGUAACUGGGUCGCCAACAGUCAAGUGUUUAUUCCUAGCCCCCUUGUAGAUUUGCCCCAAUCCCAACACUCCCCUUUCACCAACCUGGUGGAAGCCUAAGACCAUGUGCUCUGCACCAGCACACCUUGUUUCCAUUACCCAUCGAAUGCAUGAUCUGUAUCGGGGCAAUACUCUUGCAUUGACGCAAAACUUCGAGCCUUUCUCUUGUGCAAUAAUUUACAUGUUGUGUACUAUUUCCUUUUAUUGAGUUUUCUUUUCCCCCCCCAUUUUUAAGAAUUAGUCAGCAUGCAUAGUAUGUUUUUUGCUAAUCAAAAAAGAAAAGAAAAAAAGAAAAGAAUUUGUCCCUGGUUGGUUAGUUGUUGAGUAAAUGUGUUGCUGUUUUUCUCUCAUUCAGUUAUUUUCUUUUUAUUCUUUAAAAAGAAAAAAGAGAAGAAAGAUACAUCCAUGCUGCGUACAUUCUGUAACACAUAUCAUGUACAGCUUUGUUUUGUAACAUGGAAAGUGAACAGUCUUUUUACUUGACCCUCUUUUUACUACCCUGGAAAUGCACUUAUCCUGAUCUUUCUAAAAGAUGCCAUGUUCACACAGGGUUUAAGAGAAGAAAAAAAAAUCAUGUAUUUGGCUUGACUACUAAACUGAAAGUGACGACAGGCCUCAAAUUUCUUUCAAAAAGACAAAAAAGUGUGUUAAGAACUCAAUUUGUACUAUCAUUUGGAGGAUUAAGGAAGAGUGCCUUUGAUAUUUCAAGACUGCAUUGGCCAUAAUUUUAUCUGGAUUAAGUUUGGGGUCACACAGACGAAGCUGAAAGAGUUAGACCACACAGAAAAAGGUCCUUGCAUCAAGCACCUGAUGACUCAAAUGGACAACUCACGAUGAAAGAUCAAAAUCAUCAUUUAGCUACCUUUAACAUGUUUAAUAGGCUUUCUAUAAUUGGAAAUUUCAUGACAAGCAUGGUACAAGCAGUAUUGUGUAUAUCAGAAUUAUUUGUAGAUUUGUUUUUGGUAUGGUGAAGCUUUUGAGAGAAAGGUAAUCUGUGAUGAGAUGUACAAUCCUGAACUAUAGGGAUGAGACGCAGAGUGUCACAUGUCUGCGUUAGCACAAACCUACGAUGCUGCUUCAGCAUGUCAGUGUGUGGAACAAUGCAUAAAGUAAUAUGUGAGCUCAAAUUUAAGCUAGCUUUACUUAAGAGCAGUGGAAAAAAAACAAGCUAGAGAGAAAGAAAGCAAAACAGAACUGGAAGCGACGUAUGCUUUACGGGAUACAAGGCAAUGUUUUUCACUUUACAACUCCAAACACGGCCAUCAGCAGAGAAAGAGACACUUGCAAAAACAUGUAUCUGUGUUUUAGGGCUUUUCAGAAAUGUUUUCAUGCUAACCAGUAUGCAUACAGUGGCUCUUAAAACAGUGCACAGCCUUGUGGAAAUGUCAGGUUUUUAUGACUUAAUAAAUAAUAUUGCAAAUCAAUUUAACAUGUUUUCCACAUGCAAAAUGAAAUUGUUUCUCCACAAUUCAACUAAAAGAACAAACAAAUCUUCUACAAUAAAAAAAGGUGAAAUCUGGAUGUGUACAUCCCUGAACUAAUACUUCAAUGAAGCAUAAUUUGAUUAAAUUUCAACAUUCAACACUUUGGUUGGAGUCUAAAAGUGUCUUACAUCUUGACCUGUCAAUAUUUGCAGACUUUAUUUUGGAAAAAUACGUUAAAUCUCUCAGAUUAUGAGGCCAUCUUCAGGAAACUGCUCAUAUUUUCAUCCAUCUCUAUGAAAUCUCCUGUUUUACCAAAAGAAAGCUUUCCCAGAUCAUGAUGCUGUCACCAUCAUAUUUUACUGUGGGUAUGUUCUUCAUUAUGUAUUGGGUUAAAUGUUCAGACCAUAUACUAUUUCCCACAAGAUCUUUAAGAUACGAUCAGUCCUGGAUGUUUUAUUAGAGGCUCUUUUAUUUCAUACAGCCCAUCUACAACCAAUUCUUAUCUUUUCUUACGUUUUAGUGACCAAUCCCAUUUUUAUGUUCCUGUUGUCCCGUAAUUAUUAAAAUUAUUGAUGGCUUUCUUUACUCUGUUAUGGUGUGUAUAUAAGAUUAUUUGGAGCCUUUAUCACAUCACCAUAAACCAUGGCUUUAUUUAAAAUAAACUUAAUUGAUCCAGAUUAGCUUUAUUUCUAGUUUAGCAGAGCCACUUAAACGAUUUAAAGGUUGUAAUAGGAGAGGCAGCUGAAAUAACAUUUUAAGUUUAAGGGUGUGAAAAUUUAUGUAACCAGAUUCUUUUUUUAUUUACUCUCCUAACAGAUUUGUUAAUUUUUAGUUGAAGUGAAUGAAAAUAUACCGCUGCAUUAAAAAUGGAAAAAUAUUUGAAAAAUUGUAUUUUACAAAUACCUGCCAUUUCAACAGGGGUGUGUACACUUUUGCGAGUCACUGUAGGUUAACACAGGGCGCGUUACAUUUCAUUUUGGUUUGUUUUCUGUUGAUUUUGAACCCAAAAUGAGUUUUUGUUGAUUCAGUUUCCUUCAUGCUGUUCAAUGUAAAGCACUAAGUGUGCAUUUGUCCCACAUCCAUGCAGAGAUGGUACAUGGACUGAGUCUACAAGCUGGAUUUGUUUGACAUGAAGUGCACUGUUUUUAGUUUUCCCAGUUUACAAAUUAACGCUGAAGGGGAAAAUCUUUGUAAUGCUGUCAGAUGAUGAGGAUCCCUUUGUUGCAAGUGGUAAAAGAAAAAAAGAAAAAAAAAGACGCACAAAAUCUUUUUGCUAGCAGCUUCAUCACCCCUGACCUCUGUAUCCUCGCCAUUUCACCGUUGACCGUUUAACCAUGGAAACCCAAGAGCACACUCUCCUCCAAACUAACCUCUGCUCCCACAUAGUAGCAAACUAAAUGCACUUCUCCUGGCUUUAUUAACCACUUUUUUUUGUUUUUUUUUUUUUGUUUUUUUUUUAAAGAAGUUGUGAUUUAUCAUCAUCUGAACAAGUUGCUGCCUGGAAAACAGACACUCCAAUCUUGCUGCUCACGCCAUCAGACUCUGUUUUUGUAGAACUUCUCCUUUAAACACGGGCAUAAAUAGAACCUUUUUUCACAAACAGAGCUAUGCUAUGUUUUAGUGGGAAAUGUUUUAACUUUUGUUACUGCAUCUCAAUGGCAUCCAGUACUCCCGUCACAGUAAAUAUGAGGUGAAACAUUUCAGAAACGUACGAAAAAAAAAAAGAUUUUGUGCUGAUUUUUUGUUUCAUUUUUCUUCCUUUUUUUGCCUUGGUUCUUUACGGCUCUUCAGGUUGAAAUACAAUUUGCAUUGGGGAAAGGAUUAAGAUUAUAUAUGAAUAUAUAAUAAAGAACUUAAAAUAUAGGAAAAUGCACAGUCAUGUCAGUUCCUAUACUUAAACACAUUUAUGGUCUACUUUUUCUGUAUUUCUAGAAUUGUAUUUGAAUUCAAUGUUCACUUAGAGUAGGCACUAUAGUAUUUAUAUUGAGGCUCGUAUUUUUAACUGUUGCUUGUUCUCUCUAAAGGUAUUUGCCAUACCUGUUUUGGUAGUGGAAAAAAACCCAAGCUGCCACGGUAUAUUUUUUUAAUUUGGCAGGAUAAUAUAGUGCGAAUUAUUUGUAUGUCUAAAGAAAUAAAAUAAAACGAUAAAAAAAAAAGAACAUCCCAUAAAAAGCAGCUAAAAUGUGUGGCAUUGGGAGGCGUCGCAGGCCAUCAGAUGGCUGCUGCUUUGGGUCCUGCUGUCCACAGAGGUGUUUGUACAUAUCUUCUUUGUUUUUCUUUUUGUUCUUUUUUUAUUCGCACUUCUUUCUCCUCCCUCUGCUGCCAUUCCUGUAUGCAGUACUGAAAGCUGACGUUGACCUGUUCUGUUGUGUGCUUUUGUCUCUCUCACCUCUCCCACCUGACAACAUUCCAACAUCAAGAAGAGAGGAGGAAAAAAAAUCUAAAGAUAAAAAAAAAAAAAAACUUAAUAUGCAGUACAUGGAUUACUUAAAAAAAAAAGUUAAAAUAAAUACAUUUAAAAAGAAAUAAAAUGUUUUUGCAUUUUCUUUUCCAUUGCCAAAUACUAAAUGGUGCUUUAUAUUUAGAUUGGGUGAAUAUACUUUCAUAUGCAAAGCAUAUUUAAAAAUGACCAGGGGGAUGUGGAGAAGCCUGCUUGAGUUGAGACUUUUUUUGUAAAUGGCAAUGCGGAAUAUUUUGUUAUCAGCCUUUUCUAUUCCUGUUCUGAGAGCUGUUUGUUGUAACUUGAACAUGAACUUUAUCUUUUACAAUGGGAGCUACUAUUUAUUAUUACCUAUAUGCUCUGUUCUGAACAGAGACAUGGAAUGGAGUCAUAUAUUUUUGGUUUGUUUUUAUUCUUUUGUUUUCGUUAUACUAUAAUUUUAUUAUGUUUUCUUUUCUAAUGGUGGCCAGUGGUCAUUGGACAAAACAAGCUCUAUGAUUUCUGUUGUACCUGUUUGGGGUCUCUGUUCAGUUGUAUUGGGAAUACCACUGUCUGUGUUUUCUGGCAGAUGUCUGCAUAAUCCUGUUCACACGCCCAUUUUGUCCCUUUAUUGAAAAAUGAUUAAUAAAAAAAAGACGAAAGUGU